AUGCGUAUGUCAUACAAAUAUCGACGUCAAGCUAGGAACCUGGCAUGGUAUGACCAGGAUGGUGAGCCGUCAACUCACAAUCCCUUCAAGAAAUUUCGACGCCAACGGCCGCGCCGAACGGAUUCUAUCCAGCUCGAGAGCAAGCUUACUCCCAUCCGCACUGCAGGAGAUGUGCCCCUUGACGAGGAGCGUCGCCGGCGGAGGGAUAUGACAGACGGCUUGGUAGGCCCAGAGCAUUCGGAUACUUUCCCUCCAGAGUCGUCUGGUACCGAUCAGGGUACUCCCUAUAGAGCGGGACGUGAGCCGUCAAUGCACAGCAAUGAACCUAUUAACAUUCCAGCCCAAACCGGACUGGAUGAAGAUCAGAUGGGAGGACCUCGAAAGAGGAGGACCUUCGCGAGCGGAUUUGGGGAUAAAUCUCUAGAUGGGGACAUGAAUUCGAACUCGGCAGAAGAUGUCAAGGAGAAGCCGAAGUUUACCGCCAUGGGACAGUUAAAAGCGACUCUCUUCAAUUCCUGGGUCAACGUCCUCUUACUUGCUGCUCCAGCUGGAAUCGCAUUGAACUAUGUCGAUGUUGAUCCAGUUGCUGUGUUCGUGGUGAACUUUAUUGCCAUUAUCCCUCUUGCAGCUAUGUUGGGUUACGCGACAGAAGAGAUUGCCAUGCGCACUGGCGAAACCAUCGGUGGCCUACUCAACGCAAGUUUUGGUAAUGCCGUCGAACUAAUUGUGGCUAUUAUUGCGCUGGUCGACGAUGAAGUCGUGAUUGUACAGACUUCCCUUAUUGGAAGUAUGUUGUCGAACCUUCUCCUCGUUAUGGGAAUGUGUUUCUUCUUUGGAGGCGUCAACCGCCUGGAGCAGCAUUUCAACCCGGUCGUUGCCCAAACAGCAGCCAGUCUUCUUGCGUUGGCAGUGGGAUGCUUAAUUAUUCCCACUGCCUUCCACAACUGGUCCGGUGGUAAGUCAAUGAACAGCCCCCUGGGAUAUCAAAUGCUAAUUCGACUCCAGCAGGCGACAGUGGUGUUGCAGAACUCUCGCGAGGUAAGUUACGUUCGCAGGCAGCUCACGGAUCAUUUCUCACAAAUUGUAGGAACCAGUAUUAUUAUGCUGGUCGUAUACGGAUGCUAUCUUUUCUUCCAGUUGGGCUCGCACACGGAGAUGUACAAUAGCCCGAGUCCCAAAGUUGAGAAGAGACGUGGGAAAGUGAACGAGGGUGACACUCAUCGGGGAAUCGCACAGAUAGGCAAAAUGACUGCCACCUUAGCGGGACAGAACGCACAGCAAAUGCAGCUGCAAGACCCCGACGAGGAGGAGGAGGAGCCUCAGCUAAGCAUCUGGGUGGCUGUGCUGACCUUGGCUAUCGCGACGGCCCUAGUCGCGCUGUGCGCUGAGUUCAUGGUUGAUUCUAUCAAUGCGAUUACGGACCGCGGCGGUAUCUCCAAGACCUUUGUGGGAUUGAUUCUCCUUCCGAUUGUGGGCAACGCGGCGGAACAUGCUACGGCCGUGACGGUGGCAUGCAAGGACAAAAUGGACUUAGCAAUCGGCGUGGCCGUAGGGUCCAGCAUGCAAAUCGCAUUGUUGGUGCUUCCGCUGAUCAUUGUGAUUGGAUGGGGCAUGGGCAACAAUGACAUGACUUUGUACUUCGACGCAUUCCAAGUGAUUCUGCUAUUUGUUGCCGUUCUGCUGAGCCAGGUAAACUAUCUCAUCGCCGACGGAAAAUCCCAUUGGCUUGAGGGCGUCCUCCUAAUGAUGAUGUACUUAAUUAUUGCCGUGGCAGCUUGGAAGAGAUGCAAGCUUGAUACGAAGACUUCCGAAGACUUCUAA